UGCAGCUUUCAUUUGAAGAAGCCUUGUGUUGAUGUUUACAUUUAUAUUUCAACAUCUGUUCAUCUUUCCUAACUGUACAACAUGAAAUAUUUCCCAUUUUAAUGUUUGAUGUACUCAACAGCACCGUUAGAACAAUCUAGUUGAAGAAAUAAAGUCCAAAUUUGCUGUGAAACUAUGAAAAUGAACUGAGAAGCUGUAAUAAAUGAAUGUUAGUGUUUAGUGUUCCAGAUGGCCAUAAGUUGAGACAUUACCUUCUGAACAAAUCUAGGAAAUAAAUUAAGACAAAAGAAGAAUCAGCAGACAUGACAAGAACUAAGGAAAGGUUUCUUCAUGACAAACCUCUCAAUACCAUUUUCUAUGAGCACUCUUCCCACCAAAACAUACUUUUAGAAGGUUUGAACUCACUAAGACUCAAGGAAGAACUCCUGGACAUAACCCUAGUGAUAGAAGGGACUGUCUUCAGGGCGCACAAGGCGGUGUUGUCGGCUUGCAGCGACUACUUCAGGGCCAUGUUCACCGAUAACAUGCUGGAAGCUAGGCAGAACGAGAUUUGCUUAAAUGGCAUCACCGCAAAAGGUUUUAAUCAACUAUUAGAGUACGCCUACACAGCCAGGCUAGCCUUGAACUUAGCCAAUGUACAGGAUGUCCUAGAGGCUGCCUCUCAUGUCCAGAUGGUCAACUGUAUCCAAGCUUGUUCUAAUUAUUUACAGUCUCAAAUCGACCUGGAUAACUGCGUGGAUAUCGCUACGAUAGCGGAGACAUAUUCAUUGACAGUUCUGAAAACGAAGGUUUACAGGUAUAUGAGUGGACAUCUUCUGGAGUUUUCAAAUAGUCCUGAAUUUUACAGACUGACACCUGUACAACUAGAAAAUUUGCUUGCCUAUGAUUUUCCCGUAGAUUGUUCUGAAGCGGAUGUACUGAGGAUAGUACUAGCCUGGUUUUUUCAUGUAGACAACCACGAGUUAGACGUUCGGAUAGAGUACGCAGUUAGGAUAAUAAAGUACAUUCAUUUUAACGAAAUUUCUAAAAGAAAGCUGGAUAGUUUGUUGGAUAAAUUUUUCGAAAACAGAAACUACGAGUUCCAGAUACUGAACAAAAUAAUUUUGCAGCAGAUGUACUUGCAAACGGGUAGUACUAGGUCGCAGUUACCUACAAUUGUUGGUACGCUACUGAAUUCUAGGGGCAUGGAGAUGGCGGUAUUAAAAAUAGGAGGCUUCGGUAUGAGCGGUAUAACGAACGAAAUCACGUAUUGUUUUGCGUCGGAAAGGAAAUGGAAGCAUUUGACGUCCAUACCGCACGUGGAACAGUGUAAUUAUGGUACUUCUGUCUUCAAUAACGAAUUGUACAUUGUCGGAGGCUGCUUCAACCAGUCUUUGCAAGAAAAUGUCCAUCCUUUUGGUUUCAAAUACAAUCCAAGGAGUAACAAAUGGACUACGAUGUCUCCCAUGAAAAUAGAACGAUGUAGAUUUAGUUUGAAUGUGAUAGGUGACGUUUUGUAUGCUGUCGGAGGUAUCAGUGAGGAGGAUGCCACUUGCACUUGCGAAUGUUACAAUCCUGCAAGGGACGUUUGGUAUAUGAUCUCGGAUUUGCCGGUACACAUAAGUCAGCACGCUGGGGCCGGUAUUGAAUCGUCGUUUUCCAGCAAGUUAUACAUUAGCGGAGGCAUUGACAGGGAUUAUGUGUGCAUGUCAAAGGUUUACUGCUAUGAUACGAUAUUGGAGAAAUGGUCUGCUUGCGCCCUGUUGUUGAAGCCACGAGCGGAUCACGUGAUGCUGGGUAUAGGAAAAUAUUUGUAUGUUUGUGGAGGCUGGACACAAGAAGAGAAUGCUAGAGCACUGCUGGACACUAUAGAGCUUUAUGAUCCUGAUACCAACACUUGGACGGAAAUUACUAAGGUACCGACUCCAAGGUACCACGCGGGUAUAGUUUGCGUGGAGAACAAGAUCUACUUCAUUGGCGGGUUCCACAGCGACGCCAUGUUUGACAGAGACACGGCGGCCAUAGAGUAUUAUGACAUAGACACCAAAAUGUGGACUGUGGAGAACAAAUACCCCCAAGACGUGUGGGAACAUACUUGCGUCACGUUGUGCAUACCCAAGUGUAGAGAUGAUAUGGAGGUGAUACCUGCAGCUGAGAGUUUCGUUUAGAUAUACAGGGUGAUCGUAAAUAAGUGUCCAUCAUUUUUUUUAUUUGCCAUUUGAGCCAUUGAAUGAAAGGACCAAGGAAAGGGUAUUUUAAUCAUUAAUAACAUUUAAUGUUAUUAAUGAUUAAAAUUGUUAAAUAUACCGUAUGAUCGAAUAAAAACGGCGUCAGCGAUGGCUAUGAAAUGAAGAUCGCUGUCAU